AGGCCAGCAUGAGACACAGAGAGACGGACGAGAAGAAGAAGAACCAGAGAGCAGCAGCAGGGAAGAGCUAAGCCUCCAGACCAGAACCAGAACCAGGACCACAGGCUACAGGAAGACCAGAACCAGGACCACAGAGCAGGAGCCGCCCAGUCCACCAUGUCAGAGUCCAUCAGAAGAAAAAGCUCCAGCAGACAAGUCCUGCAGAACCUCAUCAGGGUGACGGCCCAGAGGAGCCAGGAGGAUGCUGAGGAGGUGGAGCGGGAGCGAAGGAGGAGGAGCAGGGAGAAGGAGAGAGGAGAAGGGAGCUCUUCCUGGCCGGAGCCUCCCCGACAGAACGAGGUGGUGCACAACACAGAGUUGGACGCGGAUCUGAAGCCCAGCUGCUGCUUGGUUCUGGAGGAGGACGAGGGCUUCAGCGACUGGACUCACAGGCUGGAGCAUCGCAACGAGCAGGAGGUGCAGGAUGACUGCAGGGCCACAGUGCAGAGGCCUUCAACACCACAGUGGAAACUGGAGCCUGAAGAGGAGAAACAGCAGGAGGAUGAAGAGCAGCAGGAGCAGGAGGAAUGCGAGCCAGAACGAAGCAUUCGGUCCCAGGAAGCUUCACCGAGACCUGCAGAGAAGUUGACCAGCAACAGAAAGGAAGUCAGGGCGUCAUACAGCUCAACAGUCUUCCUGCCACAGGACGCCAGGCUGCAACACGCCACGGGUCAACCAGCUGACAGGACGUCCUACCUGGUUGCCGGGACGAUGAGGCCACGUGGAGCGGCCCCCAGGGUGGAUGGGCGGGUGGAGCAGGAGGAUCGUAAGGACAAGGAGGAGCUGCAGGUUGCUCUGCAGACAGACUGGAGGUCAACAGAAACCCGACAGAGCUCCAGAGAUGAGGAGGAGGAGGAGGAAGACAAAUUGAGCUUCACACAUGAAAACAAGGAAGACCUCCACCUCAGGAGGGACGAGAGGCACAAGGAGGAGGAGCAUGAGGAGGAGGAGGUGUCAGACAAGAGGUCAGAGGAGGACAGGAGCAGCGAGGAGGCCAGCAGGAGAUCCACUCGCUCUCUUUGCGGCAGCAGCAGAGGCGACGAGUCGUUAAACUGCUACGGUCCCAUGAGCCCCACAUUCAAGAAACUUCUCAUUCAGUUUUACCCAGAUGAAGUGAGCAGCAGAGUCUCAGCAGACGGGAAAUGCACGGUGAGUGCUGCAGCAGACGGGUGUCGGGGUCAAAGGUCAGCAGCUGCCAUAAGAUUAAAGAUCAUAGAGAGAACUGAGUCUCUGAGGAAAAGCACCAACAACAUGAGGAAGACGCUGCAACCUGCUGUUUCCAAGAUUGACAAGAAACUGGAGCAGUACACACAUGCGCUCGAGCUGGCCUCAAAGGAAGGCAGAACGGGCAGUCAGGCGCUGACGGACCUGACGAGUACCACCGAACUCGUCUCCUCCAAGAAGAACCUGUUCGAGGCCGGAGAAGCCUGGAGCCAAAACGCUGCCUCGGUCACACCAUCCAAGGAUGCAGAUGGUUUAAAAGUCGGUGUGGCUGAUCUCAUCAAUCAGUGGGUGAGAGGAAGUGAAGCUGAGAACCGGUGCAGCUCGCCAUCCAAACCAGCAGACAGCUCCAGUGGUAAAAGAUACAAAUUUGUGGUGACGGGUCACGGAAAGUACGAGAAGAUUCCUGAGGACAACAGCUGCAGUGAAGAUGCAAACUGCCAGUCAGAUGGACAGUUCUAUGAAGAUUUGUGAAGCACAUGCUGGACUUUUGGAAUUUUGGAUUAUAUAUAUAAAAAUCUUGCCACUACCCAGCCACUAUCACUUCAUCAUAUUCUGUAUUCUAAGCUUUAGGUUGGAAAUGUAUUUAAAUCCUGUUGUAAUGACAAAUUUCCUGUGACACUUUGGUAUACUGUUACAAAAGGUAGUGAAGCUAAUAUUGAGUCUUUUUCUCUGUUUAUACUGAACAAUAAUCUCAGAAUAUUUCAGUGAUAAUAAAUCUUUCAAUACAAUAAAAUAACUUCAAUUUAACAAAUUUCUGAUGUUUUUUCUCCCCAAUAAAAGCUUCUGUUUUUGC